AUGCGGCUGUGUGGCCCUCAUACGGCAUCACCACACCCGUCCCCGUCCACCACCAGAGUCUCGCCUAUUCCCCAUUUCGAUUUGAGACUGGCUACGCCCUAUGUGCCAAACGGCCUUCCCGCCCGUUCCCCCCCACCCUUCCUGUCUCCGCCUUCUUCAUCCUUUUCCGAUCCCUUGACCACCCACUCGCUCAGCCAGGAUAAGAGAUUAUCCGUCAAGGGCGAGCUAAUCCGCGGCUUGAACAAUGGUGACGACGCCAUCCUGGUUGCCGAAAACUUCCUGGGUGUCGAUGAUGGCGUAGGCGCCUGGGCAACGAGACCAUGUGGUCAUGCAGCGCUUCUUUUGCAUUUCUGGGGCUUGGAGAUUGAGCGCCGUCUCUCUGCCAAUGCUACAACCGUCGAUCCAGUCGAAUACCUCCAGUCAGCUUACGAAGAAACCGUACGAGCCACCUCGAGCCCGACAGAAUGGCAAGGGACCACCACAUCAGCUACUGCACUGCUACAUUGGACACUUGGGGCAGACGGUGUUCAGAAGCCUUUGCUCUAUGUGACAAAUCUGGGUGACUGCAAGAUCAUGGUGAUUCGGCCCAGCGAGGAGAGAAUCCUAUUCCGCACUGCUGAGCAGUGGCAUUGGUUUGACUGUCCCAUGCAGCUGGGAACGAAUAGCAUCGAUACACCCCGUAAAGAUGCGGUGAUGAGCCAGGUUGCUUUACAAGAAGACGAUAUCGUGUUGGCUGUGUCGGAUGGCGUGAUGGACAAUCUAUGGGAGCAUGAGGUUCUGAAGAAUAUCCUUGAUAGCCUGCAUAAAUGGGACAAUGGUCGACCUGAAACGGUGGACUUGGCUCCACCCCCAGAUCUAUCGAAUGAUCGCAUGAUCUUUGUCGCCCGAGAGCUACUGAAUGCUGCUCUGACUAUUGCCCAGGACCCAUUUGCGGAAAGUCCGUAUAUGGAGAAGGCAAUUGACGAAGGGCUUGCGAUUGAAGGAGGUAUGUUAUAA